AUAGUUAGGUAGAUGUUAGUUGCCAGUAAAAGUAAAAAUAUCUAUUCAGUUAAAGUUUCAUUAUUAGUUUCCUAUUUAAUAAUUUAAUUAAAACGAAUAAUUUUUCUAUGUUUAAAUUGAAGCAGUAGUAAUGUAGGAUCAUACUUAAUUAUAAUAACCGAUAACUUUUAUCAUUUCUGAUUAUUGUGAAUAUUGUAACUUGUUGUGAUUGUUAUUGUUAGUUUACUUUCGUUAAACUUCACAUGAAUGUGCAAGAAAUGAUUGAAGAUUACACAGACAGCGAUGUGGAUGAUCAGGACGAAUUUGAAGAUGCCGAAGAUGUGCCGAUUUCAACGGACAUGACCCUGGAGAGAGCAUUACAGGAAGCACAGCAAGCUAUCAAUUAUUUCUUUAAUAACCAAUUUAAUGAAGCCAAACAGCUAAUGACACCUUAUGCCAACGUUAGUAUGUACCAUUCCUUGGGCCAUUCAGUAUUUUUAUUUUUGGAGGCUAUACUGACUUUCGAACAGCAGUCCAUUAUUGAGGCAUCGAAAUCUUUGAAACAGUCGCUCAUAGUGUGUAACAAGUAUAAGAAAAAGAACACCAUAGGUGAAUCUUUAGGGAAAAUUGUGAAGAGGACCAACUUCGAACAGUACACUGAAGAAGAGGCGCAUGCAGAGUUAUGUUAUGCGGAAUGUUUGCUACUUAAAGCCAUGCUAACGUUCAUGGAAGAUGAGACUUUAAGUAGUUUUAUUAAGGCUGGAAUUAAAAUCCGUUCGUGUUACAAUUCUUAUAAGAACUGCCAACAAAUCUUGAUUAGAAGGAACUGGGAAAAUGACAACAAAGUUCACUUCGAAAGUGGGGUAAAAAUGGGUAUAGGAACCUUCAACUUAAUGAUAUCCUUGUUACCAUCGAGAGUUAUCAAACUCUUAGAAUUUAUAGGCUUUUCUGGAAAUAAGCAAAAAGGGUUGGAAGAUCUUCACGAGGGAUAUGAAAUGGAAGGUCUUAGACAAAUCUUAUGCACAAUGACCCUUUUAGGAUAUAAUCUUAUUGUGCUCCACGUGUUAAGCUAUCGAGAAGGAGAUACUAAAAUUUGCGAAAAGAUACUACAGAAACAGCUGGAGAGACAUCCAGAUGGCGUGUGGUUUUUGUUCUUUCAAGGAAGGCUGGACUUCAUUAGAGGGCGACUGGACGAGAGCAUAGUAUGGUAUACUAAAUCGUGGAAAUCCCAAAAUAUGUGGCCUCAGUUUCAUCACAUUUGCUAUUGGGAGUUACUUUGGAUCCAUUGUCUAAAAGCAGAAUGGAAGGAGGCUCUUACUUACAGUACGUACUUGAGAGAACAAAGCAAGUGGUCGAGGAGUCUGUACAGCUAUCAAAAAGCAGCCAUCAUGUGCAUGAUGAGAGAUGAAUUGACGCCUUCGGAUCUAUCGGACAUGGAGAAAUUAAUGAAGGAUGUUCCGAAAUACAAACAGAGAAUAGCCGGAAAAUCUUUACCGAUGGAAAAAUUUGCCGUUAAAAAGGCUGAACGUUACUUUAAUCAAGGCCAAGAUUUAGUUUUACCGGCGAUAGAGCUCAUGUUCCUCUGGAACUUGUUUAAGAUCUUGAAAAAUUUUAGCGUUGCAACCAAAAUAUUUAAAAUAAUAGAUAAAUCAUUACUGGAACUAAAUUCUUCCAUGAAGCCGUCCAAGUAUCAUAACGACAAUAAAGCUUUAACUUUACUAUUACGAGGUUCCUGUUUAAGACACAUGGGAAGCCCUUUACAAGCCCUAGAGUGUUUAGAAAAUGUUAUUUCAUUACAGAAAGACAUAGUGGAGGAUACCUAUCUUGUUCCAUAUGCGAUUGUAGAGCUUGCGUUGAUCGAAUGGCAGAAUGGAAACCAAGAAAAAGCUAUUUUAGCAUUAGAAGACGCAAAGAAGAACUAUACUGGUUAUUCACUGGAAUCGAGAUUACACUUCAGAAUACAUACAGCUCUUUCCGAAUUUAAAGCGGAAAUGAAAAAUCAUCACUAAUGUUACCAAAUAUUUUUUUUUGUACAUUAUGUAAGUUCCUUUGCAUUUAUAAGUUAUACAUAUAGAGAUGUAUAUCCUACCACUUUAGUUUGCAAGGCUGUGUUUUAUAUAUAUACCUAUAUAUUGAAAAUAAAUAGUAAUAUAUUGCA